GGGGAGAAAUGAGUCAACUAAGGAUUGGGGUGGAUAUCCCUGUGGAGAGUUUCGGUCAUGCCCCUUUGCGGGCUCCUGCGGAAGCCACGCCCCCUCCCCAACCCCUUAAUAGGGGAGGGGAGAGAUAAAACACCCCAGGACAACCCUGACUGUGGGAUCUUGUAAGACGAGAGGGUCACAAGAGAACAGCGGCCCUGGCCUGACCAGCAGCACGGCUUUGAGGGCACCCAGCCCCCACCUUCAAGGCCUCAGGAGCCUCCCACCUCACUGUACGCCAAGAAACAUCCCUCCUGCCAGGGCCUCAGGGAGCGACCAUGGAAGGCGAAGACAGAGUCAUUACGCAGGAGGUCUGCCGGGAGGACGAGAUGUACGAUGGAGAGAUGCGGGAAGUACAGGUGGCUGGUCACCCCGUGCUGCUGGUGAGGGAUCAUCUCCAGUUCAGAGGCUUGGGUAGCAAGUGCCCCCACGCCGGAGCACCACUCGCCAAAGGCUACUUGGGACGGGGGCGGAUUCGUUGCCCUUUCCAUGGGGCCUGCUUUAGCCUCACGAUGGGCGACAUUGAGGAAUACCCCACCCUGGACUGCCUGGCUGCUUUCAAGGUGACCGUGGAGAGUGGACAGGUGUACGUCACUGCGAAGGUGAAGGACCUUGAAAGCGGCCGCAGAGUGAAGCAUAUGAGCAAAUGGAGCCAGCUCAGCAGCCAGACGGUGCUGCUUCUGGGGGCAGGUCCUGCGGCGCUGACUUGCGCCGAAACCCUUCGCCAGGAGGGCUUCACUGGCAGGGUCAUCAUGGUGACGAGGGAGAAUCACCAGCCCUACGACAGGACCAAGCUGAGCAAGGAAAUGGAUGCCAAGGCUGAGAGCAUCUACCUGCGGCCUCAGAGUUUUCUGGAUGCUCACAACAUCGAGGUCUGGAUGCAGAAAGAGGUGGUUUCUCUGGACCUGGAUGGCAAAAGGGCCCAGUUCAGCGACGGGACCUGCCAGGGCUAUGACCACCUGCUGAUUGCCACCGGCAGCAGACCAAGGCGCUUGCAAUGUCCAGGCUCCAACCUGCAGAACAUCUGUGUCCUCCUCACCCCUGAAGAUGCCAGCCAGAUCCUGCACUUGGCAACGGGCAAGAGGGUGGCGAUAGUGGGAGCGUCAUUCAUUGGCAUGGAAGUGGCAGCCAGUCUCGUGGGGAAAGCUGCUUGCAUCCAGGUGGUGGAGAAGGCCGACUCUCCGUACCAGGCAGUGCUCGGGGACCAGGUUGGACGUGUGGCCAUGAAGAUGCUGCAAGCGCAAGGAGUCACGUUCCACAUGAAGGCAGAGGUGGCGGAAGUGCAAGGCGAACGCGGGAAGGUCACACAGGUCAUUCUGGACAAUGGGCAAAAGAUCCCUGCAGAUGUGGUGGUGGUGGGAAUAGUUCAUGCAGACCAACACCCCUUCUGUCUUUGCUGCUGGGGACGUGGCCUCCUUUCCUGUGGCUCUGCUCGGUGGGAAGAACACAAACAUCUGUCACUGGCAGAUUGCCCAAGCCCACGGCCAUGUGGCUGCCCUCAACAUCCUGCAGAAACGGGAGAGGCUGCAUACGGUGCCUUUCUUCUGGACCAAGUUGCAAAGGAAGAGCAUCCGGUAUGCAGGUAUGAAGGGGAGGGCUCUCCUCUGCAUUGGCCAGCCUGGUUGCCAACAGUCCAGUCAGAUCCCAAAAUCUGGGCCCCUUGCUCUUUUCCCUCAGGAUGCGGGAUUGGCUACACAGAGACCGUGCUCAAAGGGGAUCUGGACCAGGAGAAGUUCCUCCUCUUCUACAUUAAGGAGGGAUUUGUGACUGCAGCUGCCAGCCUGAACUUUGACCCCAAGUUGGCGAUGGUGGCCGAGGUCAUGUACUCAGGAAAAACCAUCUCCAAGCAAGAGGCCGAACUGAUGGGGGAUGACACGCUGCAGGAGACCUGACCUUUUGUCCUCGGGGCAAGACCGGAGGCCUGAAGAACACCAAGCAGCCCCUGUCCUGCUGAAAGAACCCCCCCCCCGAAACUGCCAUGGAGCCUUGGCGGGGUCAGCAAGGAGCAUCUUUUGCCCCCACCCACCCUGCACAGGCCUCGGCCAGCAACAGGCAAAAUUCUUCUGAGGGUGGCAACCCUGAUGGGCAGUCAGGCGCCUCCUUUUAGUCUAAAACUCCCCAAAGAUGACUAGCUGUAAGUUUUGCGUAAUUUUUGGCAUUUAAAUCUAAGUUUUACAGAGUCAUAAAUGCAAGUAAAAAGUGUCCAGGUUAAAAUGCCUUGAGGUAUU